AGAGUCCAGUGUCGCAAUGCGGCGAUUGAAGGUUCCGAAUCCGAGGGAAAAGGGGAGCGUGGCUGCGGAUGCCGCCACCACAUUGACCGAUUCCUAAUUUACAUUCGCAUGUGAAAGCUCCCCCCAAUCCCAUGGCUUUUUCCGGCUUGCGCAAUUAUUCCUCCUCCGACUCCUACUCGUAGUGGAGGAUAGAUAGUUGGGGCACUUGUACACAUAUGUGUCGUUUCUGCCUGAGAUUCGAGCUGGGGAGAUGCUGUGGCGAUGAGGGUGGUGUAGUUUGGGUGUUGUCUCAACGGCGCUUUUAACUGAUAGCCUGGGUGCGAGACGAUUCAAUUGGUGUAUUAAUCCGUUGGCUUCUUCAAGUGUCCGAAACUCGGGAGGAGUUCAAUUGACUUAGUGCCUAACCAGCUGAAGUGUGAGAUUUUGUGUGUGUUUCAGUGAAAUAACGAGUGUAGUGUGUUAGCAGAAGCUUGUAUUCCUGGUUUAGAAUUGGUUACUUGUUCGCAAAUUUCUCUGGGUUUUUCCGAGCCUCCUUCUCUUGUCCUGUUAUUGGUGGGAGAUAAGCAAAGGACAUUUGUUGCUGAAUCGCUUGAAGGUAGCUUGGGAGGGUGUGGGACUGGAUCGACACUUCAAUUGUUAUCGAGUAUCUGCACAAUUGGAUUCAUGCACGAAGUUGAUUUUUCAUCUUCGUUUUUGGAUUGGGACUGUGCAGAUGAAUGCAAACAGAUAAUCAGCAGUUGAAUCACCUUGGUGCCAGCAAUCAUGGGGAGUGCAUGUUCUAGAAAGAAUGAUCAGAGUGAUCUUGAAAUUGAUGAUGAACUUUGCGGCCGCUCUGGAGGAUCGAAUCGUAGUUUCACUCUGCGAUGGCCAGUAAGAAGAGCACAAGCUCUGGAAUCUUUGGCAUUCCGUCCGCAUGGAGCACAGACGUCGCCAUCCCUGCUCGAGAUUUGUGUCCAGAACAUCGUUAAGAAUAUUGAUAAGUACAAAUCUUUUUCUGGAGUACCCCGGGACCUGAUACAGCAAGUCUUGAACGAUCUAGUCAGGAAGCAGCUUCUGUCUCCUGUAACACUGGAACUAUUCUCUGACUGCGCGCUGCAGGAUGUUUUACUUGCAGACUACCCCGGAGUGGAGGAUUUCUGGCUGGAUAUCAUAGGCUCUCAGGGCGAGUCACUUCUAGCAUUGGAUAUAUCCGGCUCACCUGUUACGGAUGAUGGGUUAGCAUGUCUUCAAUCGUGUACCAACUUGCAGACCCUGAGUUUGAACUCCUGUGACCACAUCUCAGAUGAGGGUCUCAGUGUAUUGUCAGGGUUAUCGAACCUCACAACGUUAAGCCUUCGCAGCAGUAAUCUAAUUACUGCAGCUGGAAUGCGCAAUUUCACAAAUCUGGUCAGCCUCAAAAACCUCGACUUGGAACGAUGCCCGCUUAUUCAUGGUGGUUUCGUCUAUCUAAGAGGCCUCACGACCUUGGAGAAGUUAAAUGUUGGAUGGUGCAUUGGUGUCCGGAACGCAGAUAUCACGCAUCUUGCCGGGAUUGUGAACCUGAAGGAGCUUCAAAUUUCUAGGAGCAAAGUAAAUGACUCCGGUGUUGCAUCUUUGAAAGGAAUGACCAACCUUCGGAGUCUCAGUAUGGAAGGUUGCCCUAUAACUGCUCAAAGCAUGAAAACUAUUGCUGGUCUGACUACGCUAUGUCAUUUGAACAUCAACUCUUGCUACUUACCUGACUCCGGAUGCCAGAAGCUCGAAGGUCUCAUCAAUCUCCGCACUUUAAACUUGGGUUACAACGAACUCACAGAUUCUGGCAUGGUUUUUCUAAAAGGAUUGACCAACCUGGAGCGUUUGAAUCUUGACUCAUGCAAAGUCGGUGAUGAAGGGAUUAAGCAUGUGAAAGGGCUUUUGAAUCUGCGAAUGCUUGAUCUUUCAGACUCAGAAGUCGGGAACGUUGGUUUGCGCUUUCUUUCUGGAUUGAAGAAGCUGGAGAUUUUGAAUCUUUCCUUUACAGGAGGUGUUACGGAUAUUGGUCUGUCCACUAUUGCUACUAUCACGUCACUGACCUCUCUCAACCUGGACUCGAAGCAGAUCACUGAUACAGGCCUUGCUGCAUUGACAGGCUUGACUGGGCUGAAAAAUUUGGACCUCUUUGGUGCCAAGAUCACAGAUUACGGCAUGGCUCGCCUCCGACAUUUCAAGAAUUUGCAGAGCUUGGAGCUUUGCGGUGGUGGUAUCACAGAUGUGGGAGUGAGCAGCAUCAAGGAUCUGACAUUGCUCACCUCGCUUAACCUGUCACACAAUUUGCGGCUCACAGAUAGAUCCCUUCAGUAUCUUUCUGGAAUGGAAAAUCUAGUAUCUCUAAACGUGGCGAAUUCCAAGGUAACAAACGCUGGUUUACAGCAUCUUAGGCCAUUGACAAAGUUGACCUCCUUAGCGUUGCAAGGUUGCAAGGUGACACGGACGGCAGUGGACCACCUUAAGGCUACCUCUUUGCCCAAUCUGUCUGUCAUUCACCUUAAAUAGUUACAUUUUUUUGACAAAUCAAAUGUAGAGGCCAUAUAGAGAUAUAUUUGCUCUAGCUGUACUGGUAUUGUGGUCACAUCGAUUCGUGGAAAUGUGCCUACCACGAUUCAUUGCAGAUAACUGCACCACUCGGAGGAAAGAGGGAGAGACUCUCCACAGCUGUGUCAAUCCUUGCUGCGCUAUUUGUAGAUUUUGGCACCGGGAUUCUUCAUCCCUGGCACAUAGUAUUGUAAAGGAUAACAGGCCGUAUGGCACUGUUACCUCUUGUGUAAACUUUAUACAUACAUCCAUGCUUCUCUUCAAACAUCUA